AUGAUGAUCAAGGCCCUAAUAUGGAAUAUAAGGUCUAUUAAUACACAACAGGCUUUUCAGAGGUUGGUCAUGCUACAAAGGCAAUACAAGUGUUUCAUUAUUGCUUUAAUGGAGACUUUUCAAAACUGUAGGCAUCUUCAGAAAUAUAAAAGAAGAUUGGGAAUGGAAUCUGCCAUUCCUAAUGUUAAUGGGAAGAUAUGGGGUUUUCUGGAUGUUGUGGUGCAAUGGGAAGUAUUGAUGGAUACUGAACAACAAAUCACUUUGAAGUUAUUUCAUCAGGACAUUGGCAAAGAAAUAAUUGCUACUUUUGUGUAUGCCAAAUGUGACAAAGUGGAAAGAUUAGAAUUGUGGGAUAACAUGUAUAAUCUGGCAAGUACUAUAGAACUCCCUUGGAUGGUUGGUGGGGAUUUUAAUGUGAUUAUUUCAAAGGAUGAAAAAUUAGGGAUACUACCGGUUACAUUAGUUGAGUGUGAAGAUUUUGCAUUCUGUGUGAAUUCUUGUGGUUUGUUUGACAUAGGAUUCAAAGGAAGUCCUUUUACAUGGUGGAAUGGGAGAGCUGCUGAGGAUUGCAUUUUCAAAAGACUUGAUAGAGUACUGGCAAAUCUUCCAUUUCAAAAUAAUUUUCCUCAAAUAGAAGUGGAACAUCUUUCAAAGACAGGGUCUGAUGAUUCCCCAUUGAUCUUAUCUUGUGGAGAGGAGGCUAUCAGUUUUGUAAAACCAUUUAGAUUUCUAAACUUCUGGGCUAAGCAUGAAUCUUUUAAGGAGACUGUUAGGCAAAAUUGGAGAACACCUUUUGCAGUUUCUCCUUUUUUGGCUUUCAAGCAGAAGUUGAAGAAUCUUAAAGAGGUUUUAUCCAGAUGGACUAGAGAGACUUAUGGAGAUAUUUUUCAACAAUUGGCAAUAGGGAAGAAGUUGUGA